AUGGUUCAGUCUGAGGAUGGCCGCCGCUGUGGGUGUAAAUAAACAGGCGGCCGCUGCAUCGAUGGAGACGUGCGUCAGACAUGGCCGCGGUACCACCGCUAAUGCGGUAAAGGUGUUGGAGUGCGGCGUCUGUGAAGAUGUGUUUUCACUGCAAGGUGAUAAAGUUCCGCGGCUGCUGCUGUGCGGACACACCGUGUGUCAUGACUGCUUGACCCGCCUGCCGCUUCAUGGCCGGGCGGUGCGCUGUCCGUUUGACAGACAGGUCACUGAGCUGGGGGACUCAGGAGUUUGGGGCCUGAAGAAGAACUUCGCUCUGCUUGAGUUGCUCGAACGGCUACAAAACGGGGCCACCAAUCAGUCGGGCAUGUCCGAGGACGUCCUGCGGGAUAUGGGAGAGUGCAUAAUCCGUUGUGAUGAAGAUGAGAAUCAUACGGCCUCCGUGUAUUGCACAGUGUGUGCCACGCACCUGUGUGCCGAGUGCUCUCAGCUCACCCACUCCACCCGUACGCUGGCCAAGCACCGCCGCGUGCCCUUGGCAGACAAGCCCCACGAGAAGAUGCUCUGCCCGCAGCACCAGGUGCACGCCAUCGAGUUUGUGUGUCUGGAGGACGGAUGCCUGCCUGGGCCGCUCAUGUGCUGCGUGUGUAAAGAGUAUGGAAAACAUCAAGGGCAUAAGCACACUGUUCUGGAGGCCGAAGCCACUCAGAUCAGAGCCUCCAUCCUGGACAUGGCACACUGCAUCCGGACAUUCACAGAGGAAGUGUCAGAGUACUCCAGGAAGCUGGUGGGCAUUGUGCAGCAGAUCGAAGGAGGAGAGCAGAUCGUGGAAGACAGCAUGGGCAUGGCCCACACCGAACAUGUUCCAGGAACAGCGGAGAGUGCGAGAUCGUGCGUUCGUGCUUACUUUGCCGAUCUGCAUGAGACGCUGUGCCGUCAAGAGGAAAUGGCCCUGAGUGUUGUGGACGCCCACGUUCGAGAGAGGUUAAUCUGGCUUCGACAACAGCAGGAGGACAUGACCAUCUUACUGUCGCAGGUGUCCACCGCCUGUCUGCACUGUGAGAAAACAUUACAACAGGAUGAUUGCAGGGUGGUUUUGUCGAAGCUGGAGAUCAACAGACUCAUAGAGACGUUGCAGAAACAGCAGCAGCAGUUUACAGAACUAGCCGAUCACAUUCAACUGGAUGCAGGCAUCCCUGUUACUUUCACAAAGGACAACCGGGUUCACAUCGGUCCAAAGAUGGAGAUCCGGGUGGUGACUCUGGGCUUAGAUGGAGCAGGCAAAACUACUAUUCUCUUUAAACUGAAGCAAGAUGAGUUCAUGCAGCCCAUACCGACCAUAGGUUUCAAUGUUGAAACCGUCGAGUACAAAAAUCUGAAGUUCACUAUUUGGGAUGUGGGCGGCAAGCAUAAACUCCGACCGCUGUGGAAACAUUACUAUCUUAACACACAAGCGGUGGUGUUUGUGAUUGACAGCUGUCACAGAGAUCGACUGAUGGAGUCUCACAGUGAGCUGGCCAAACUGCUGACAGAGAAAGAGCUCAGAGAUGCCCUGCUGCUCAUCUUCGCCAACAAACAGGACGUCCCCGGCGCCGUGUCCAUUGAGGAGAUGACUGAACUGCUGAGUUUACACAAACUGUGCUGCGGCCGCAGCUGGCACAUCCAGGGCUGCGACGCCCGCAGCGGCACGGGUCUGCACGAGGGGCUGGACUGGCUCUCGCGUCAGCUGGUGGCCGCUGGGGUUUUGGAUGUGGCCUGAGGGACGGUCACCAGACUUAAAUGACUUGUGUCCGAGCCUGUAUGUCUGUGCACAUGCUCACGUUAGCCUACAUUAUCAUGCCAUACCAUCAUUAUUGCCGUGUGCGCUUGUAGCUCAACAGUGUGUUCAGAAACACUGACAUUUCAAAGAAAUAUUCUGGGUAAAAUUCGAUAAAUCUGUCUCAUGCCGUCUAAUACCACCGAAAAUUAUUUUGACUAUGUUUAGUGUACUAAAUAACAAACCAUGAACGUUAUGCAUGUACAAUGGAAGUCUAUGGGGCUCCUGAUGUUAAGGUUGUCCAGUAGGUCGCCAUUGUAUGUGCCCGACUGUCAACUUGUUGGGUUAAAUUAAUUUCUGUAGUGAAGGAAGGUGUGUUUUGGGUAGAUCGACCUGGAAUAUUGUAUUAAUUCAUGUAAACUAAUUGUCAUCAAAAUGUAGAUGUUUACUAUUUGGUCCGUGCUAUUAUUAUUUCCAAGGUCAAUUUAUUUAUUGAGGUCAUUUGUUAGUUACUAAUAGGGCACAUUUUUUGGAGAUGUAUUGGACAUAAAUCGAAGCUUGUCGUCUAAACACUUAAGCAAAAUAGACUGAACCCCCCUGGGUCAUUUUUCUAGGGAUACAGUCGGUUCAACGAUUAGAUCUGUGAAAUGGGUGAACUGUGGUUAAUAAUGAAACUAGGCAUUUAUCACCAAGUUCAGCAGCGUGAAGUGCCUGUUGAUGCUUAGUAAAAAAGGUCAGUGGCAUCAUUCAAGAGUGACAUGCUUUCAAGUCAAAGGGUGUAUCUCAUGGCAACCAAUCAUCCCAAGAAAAAAUGUCUACAGAAUUAAACUCUGAACAUAAACCUGCUUAGGGCCGGUAUAAUUAACCUAAAACUGUCACAAAAUAAUUUUUGUGACAGUUAAGCACAUUUUAUUCCCCACUUUUCUAAAACUUCUAGUGAUCCUCGAUUAAAAAAAUGAAAAUUCUUUGACUGUUUAUUCACCCUCAGGUUAUUCCAAACCUCAAACACUUUCUUACUUGUGCACAAAAGAAGAUAUUUUGAAGGAUGUUGGUAACCAAAGAACAUCGGACCCCAAUGACUUCCAUUGAGAGAACACCGAGACACAAAAUAUUUGUGUUUUACAAAGAUCACGUACAAGUUUUAAAUGACAUAAGGGUGAAUAAAUAAUGAGAAUUUUCAUUUUUGGUUAAAUCAUCCCUUUAUUAUUAGGAAAUAUAUUUCACUGUCAUUUCCUUAUAAAGAAAAAAAUCCUGUUUUGUGUACGAAAGCAUUUCAUUGUUUUGUUAGUCUUUGUUUUACUAUUUAUGCUGUUUUUUUGAGUAACAAUAAAAGAAACGACUGUAUUACAAUGAUGAAUCAUUGUAAAGCAUCCAAAUCCGUCUCCAACGUUGUCUAGACACAUUACAGGAAUGGGAAUUUGGGAAGUUGUUCUUAACUGUCACCAAAAUCGGCAUACAGCAUAAAACGUCUUUUUGGGUUUGCUUUUGGGAUGACUUGAUCCAGAGGUGUUUUCAUAAGAUUUAACCUUGAUGUCCCAACUGUUUUUCAUAGCUUCAGUGAAUAGUUUCGAUUUCAAAACGAGCCUGUAAAUAUUUAUUUAAAUGUACCUAGUGGUCUCAAGACUAAUGCAUGGGUGUAGGUGUAUUUGGAGAGAUGGACAUGUUACUGUUUAUUUAUAUUUAUUUAAGACGAUUGUAGGUCUCAUUGAAAAGAUUCUUCCUCAUCUUCGAUGUGCAUAAACAUGAACCUUUUGCUCAUCUGUCCACUGCUUACUAAUAUUCGGGACACUAUAUCUCCUCACAGAACAACUUUCAUUGUUGAACAACUAUUUCUUGGCCUAUUAUAACAAAAGCAGUUACAUUGUGUACAUUGGCUGUGUGUAAACGCUUUAUCUGUAUUUGUUUUUAGAAACCUUUAAAAAAAAAAAUUGUUCGUCUUUCUGUUUUUUUUUCGUACGAGAGAACAUCUGAAACCAGUAAAGACCAUCAUUGUUUUCUUUCAGCACAGUUGGAUUAAAAGCUUGUUUCUCAUUGCUAUGUAAUGUUGACUAACUGUACUUAAGUGAAGCUUUUCCGCUCCCUAUCGAUGGAGAUCGUGAAUAAUCUUGUUCUUAAUGUGAGUUUUGGAAACCUUUAAAGAAGCACACCCACACAUUUGUUAUUGAUUGAUGAUGCCUUUUGUAUAACCAUUCAUAAUGUAACUAUUAAAAGUGAAACAG